CUGCUCACCUUCAUCCUUCCAUCUGUCGGCGCUUUCCCCUAAACCCCCCCCACUCGCCUUCUGCUUGCUUCUGCUUCUCGCCCCUAGUCCUCAUCUUGUUGGUGCUUCUUUGAUACCCCCUUCCUGUACGUCUCCAGCGCAUACUCCACUCCUAACCAUGGCGGGCUGGUUUAGCUCGUCGAACAGUGCCUUGGAUGAGCAGAUUGAACGGGCGACAUCGUCGAGUCUAGAGGAUAUCGCGCUCAACCUCGAAAUCUCCGAUGUCAUACGCUCCAAGACUGUGCAGCCUAAAGAGGCCAUGCGCUCUCUCAAGAGGCGCAUAGGCAACAAGAACCCUAACGUCCAGAUCGCGGCCCUCAGCCUGACGGACACGUGCGUGAAAAAUGGUGGAUCACACUUCAUGGUCGAGAUAGCCUCGCGAGAGUUCAUGGACAACCUCACUUCACUGCUCAAAGCCGUCGGGCCAGGAGAAGUGAACCAGGAAGUGAAAAACAAGAUCCUUGAGCUCAUCCAGAACUGGGCCUCUGCUGCCGAGGGUCGGCCGAACCUGAUCUACAUUGGCGAGGUCUACAAGAGUCUGCAGCACGAGGGCUUCUCGUUUCCGCCAAAACAGGCGGUUGCGAGCAGUAUGUUCGACAGCAGUGCGCCCCCCGAAUGGGUCGACUCGGACGUGUGCAUGCGCUGUCGCACAGCUUUCACGUUUACAAACCGCAAACACCACUGCCGUAAUUGCGGAAACGUCUUUGACCAGCAGUGCUCGAGCAAAACGCUACCUUUGCCCCAUCUGGGAAUAAUGCAGCCUGUUCGCGUAGAUGACGGUUGCUAUCAGCGUCUAACACAAAAGGACACAAGUGGCAGGACUGUUCCGAAGGCUUUAGACGCGGCGAAGCCUGCGAAGACACUUUAUCAGGGUAUGCAACCAAGAGAAGCGCGAGUGGCUGAAGACACAUUUGAUGCAGACUUGAGGCGAGCGUUGGAGAUGAGUCUGGAGGAGAGUAAAGCAUCUGUGGGACAAGGUUACGUGCCGUCUUCGCAGCUGCACAGCAAUAAGACCACGACCAAUGGCACGUCGAAUAAUAAGCCUCUACCCCAGCCGAAAGCUGAGCCGGAGGAUGACGACGAUCCGGACUUGAAAGCUGCCAUAGCAGCAUCCUUGGCAGAAAUGGAGGAGCAGAAGAAAAAACAUGCCGCGGCAUUUAAGCAGCAGACGUCGAACUCAAGUAGCGCUCCUAUCACAGUGAUUGCUCGGCCGGACUACGAGCUCACUCCUGCUGAAGCUGAGAACAUCAAUCUUUUCGCAACACUUGUCGAAAGACUGCAGCAUCAGCCUCCAGGCACAAUCUUAAGAGAACCGCAAAUUCAGGAGCUGUACGAAAGCAUUGGAAAGUUGAGGCCCAAACUCGCCAGAACAUAUGGUGAAAUCAUGAGCAAGCAUGAUACGUUGUUGGACCUUCACUCGAAACUUGCAUCUGUUGUGAGAUACUACGAUCGCAUGCUCGAAGAUCGUCUCAACAAAACCUAUAGUUCGCAUCUUGUUGGCUUCUCGUUACCACCACAUCUGCAACAGCCCGCCUCUUCGAAUCCGUACCCGUCGUUACCAUCAGGCGGUUCGGAGUACAAUCCUACCGCAGGCGCAGAGUCCUUUUACACUGGUCGGCCCGCGGCUGCGACUGCGCCAUCAGAUCCAUACCAACAUCCACAAUCUACAUACACAAACUAUUCCGCGCAACCGCAAUCUCAACAAGCGCCGUCACAGCCUUAUUCACAACCUGCUCAAGAUCAGUCGUAUCCAUCGCAAAGUCAGCCAUACGCAAGCCAACAACCCGGAUUCCCAUCGCAGCUGCAACGCGCGCCGAGCGUCACGUACGCAACUUCGCAACCGUCUGGAUCUCCUCAAAUAUCGCGUCGUGUCUCCACACAUCAGUACCCGUCACAGCCUAUUUCUGACCAGUAUACUCCUCAGCAACCACUACAUGGAGAUUCUGCAGCAGCGUAUUACCUUCCUAAUCAAGCAGCGCAAACACAUCCAUCAACAUCCGUGGUGCAAGAUACGACCGCACCGCCAUCGCAACAAGCACAAGCGCAAGCACCGCAAACCUCCCCCCAGAUGUAUCAUCAGCCGCAGCCCCUUUCGCAGGCCCAGGUGCCAUCCCAGCCACCACCAGUCCAACAACAUAUUCCACCUCCACCUCAACCGAUGCCCACAAGUCCCCCAACUAAUUAUGGGAAUACACCGUACCCUCAAACUCCGACAGGGUACCAGCAGGCAUAUGCAGCGCAACAAAUUCCCCCAGCUCAAGGGUGGCAGCAGGGAGAGUUUGCAGGCUUGCCCAAUGUUGCACAGUCAGCACCGGCAGCACCAAAAGUCGAGGAAGCGUUGAUUGAGUUGUAAGCAACUUCAUGUGAUAUUUGGUGUAGUGUAUGAGUCGAAUUUCUUUGUUGGCUAAAUAGCAACUUUGAGAGAAAGAAGAAGUAUUAUUCCCUUUCCGCCAUGCUAGCUCAUUGUGCAUGAUCGCGCCAUGCCACUUUACUUAUCUCUCGAUAAGCAAUUAGGCAAAUGAUGGUUAUGUGCGCAAUGGAACCAAACAAAAAAAAAAGAGCCUGCAGACCUGGGAGAAGACAACCUUGUGCUUGCACUGUAAUUUCCCACUUCCAUAUCUCCCGGCACAGUCGUCUCCCCUAGCUUGCGGGGAAGCAACAUCAUAAUUCGCACAAUUACAAGUUCAAACUAACGCUAAUAUCUGGUCCCGAAAAUCCCUGGAGCGUUGUGCGGAAUAGCUCACUCUUCGGGAGCUUAUCCUUUGCGGUCUUAAGCGCGUCGAUAUCCCAAUUACAUGACACCAUGCGACCAGCCGUAAAUGCGGCUUCAGGAGAUGCAAGCCAGACAGUGAAAUGAGCAGGUAACUUGCCCCUCAUACCACCCUUCUCUGUCAUCUCUGUCUCAAUGACUCCUGGAUGCAGAAAGCGGACUGAUAUGUCUUGUUCUUCGCUAGCGAGCACCUCCAAAAACUUGAUCAAGCCGAGCUUGGAAGCCAAGUACGAUGAAUUUCCAGCGGACAACGCCGAGGGCAACAGAACAGCGGCUGUCGCGGUGCCGAUGAAGACAGCGUUUCGGUUUGCCGUUGCGUGGAAGCUUUGCCAGACGACCAUGGUGCCUUUGAUAUUGAUCUAUCGCCUUCAUUAGUAUCUAGCCGCUCAGGAUUUCCAGUCUUGACCUAUUAACCUCGAAACCCUUCCACCAUUCUUCGAGAUUGGAGUCCUUUGCGAGCGCAGGCCCGGAAAAGUAGCCAGCAUUGUUGACAAGCACAUCCCAUUGUCCAAUGUCAGUUGCUACUUUCUUCAUCGCGACAGGGUCUGUAACGUCAGCAGGAAAGACGUGGACGGGCACACCGUACUUGGAUUCGACGUGCUUCUUGGUCUCCUCGAGAGGCGGCACCCGUCUUCCUGUGAUGAAGAUGGAUGCUGCCUUUGCAGCCGCGAAUGCUUCAACGGUUGCACGACCGAUCCCUGUGCCACCUCCGGUUAUGAUGAUUUUCUUGCCGGCCAUCGACACCUCCGGCCGCGAUGGGUCAAGAGCAUCAUAUGUGUCAUUUCGCCAUUCUUGAAUGGCAGAUGGAAAAACUGGUCGCAUGAUUUCACCUAGUCGUUCUUGAAGACUAAAGAUCAGGUCGAUUCUGGGCUCUGAAGAAUGUUUCACUUGCGACACUUCAAGUUGAACCGGUAGCAUAUGAAGAUAUUUAUACUGCUAUCGAGAAUAGGUCUACGCUCCAAUCUCCAACGGCAUUCAUUUGCUCCGAGCAUGCGGCACAACUGCUUGUGCAAGCCAUUACAAUCGUACAGUGGUCCAUUGAUAUGCCUCGGUUUCCCCUAGAUGCCAUGCCUCAGAGUCUAAAAGUUAGCAUUGGGAGUGUAGGUGGAGAGAAGUUAGUCCGACAAUACUUUUGGUCUCAGUAAUGCGACCGAAGUGAGCGGUACGCAGCAUUCAAAGAUUACUGAACAUUUCUCUUGUUUUGUCUCACUAUGUGGAGUCCAUUCGGUUGCUGAUUAAUGCAACUAUCUUGGCUGCUCCACACUAUAUCAGACACAACGAAGUACGUAGCUCCAUCCUCUCCUGAGCAGACCCACAGUGAUAUGGCUGGAGCGGAGGUCCCAUGCUACAAUUGCCGCUUUCAACGAAAUUAUGUUCGGAAAUUCGCAAAUACUAGAACGACGCCUUAGAUUUGUGAUCAUAAUUCGAGCGCAUUGUAACGGGUGGAAGCACUUUCGGUUCAAGCACACGGGAAAUUGAUGCAAGCAG